GGGGGGCUGGGGGGGUGCGCGGCCCCUUUUCCUGUGUGCUGAAGACACAGGAGACAAAGAGCCAUGCUCACAGGAGAUGCUAUCGCUCCGCUCAGCUUUGAGCUCCUCAUCUCGUCUCUGAAACAAAGCGACCGCAAAGAAAACCACACAGAACCACAAGCUCUGACAGCUUCACAGAGACUGUAAGGCGACGACACAAAAGGCUCUUUGGAAACGAAAAGCACGUCAACGAAGGUGAGAAUGAAUAAAACAAAGUGGAGGAUUUUCACAAGCCUUUUUUUUGUUAUAAUUUAUGUUAUCAUAAAUAAUGUGAUGCAAUAUUAAGAAAAGCUGUUUUGCGGUUUAUUUCUGUUGUAGUAUCGACACGUAUUUGGUGAAUACCUGGACACAGCGGCGGCGACGUUUUAUUUUUUUAUUCGUGCAUGCAGUCAGAGAAAUGCGGGAAAACGCGGCAACAAGUUGAGUUUCAGGACAACUUUAUUGAGUGAGUGUAAAAAAAACAAUCCAUUUCCAAAAAAAGAAAACUAAAUACCGUUUAAGAACUUAAAACGAAUGUGUCAGGCAGCGUUGGAGACGAAGCCAGUAACCGACACUCAAGCGGUCUCUUUGAACUGGCCAUGGCCCAGUUUCCUGUGUCAAGUUACAAUCAGGUUUUGACAAAUUUUCCAUCGUACCGUUCCAUUUCAUACCCAAUGUGUUGUAGAAGCACAUUUAAAAACAACAGUGUUGACCCAACUGUUUGACUAAGCGUAGAAAACAACGCUCAAAGGCAGCAAUAAGAAUCAACAAGAACAAUAAAUAGAAUAAAACGUUGAGGUAGUGGACAUCAGUCAAACAGGUCUGAACUCGAAUCGAAGGCAAGUUUGGCAAAAUUAGUUUUCAAAAGGGAUUUAAAAAAAUCAAACUGUACCGACUCUGCAGUACAAAUAUGAAGGGUCAGAUUGAUUCAGAGUCUGGGGACUGCAGAGACAAUAGCUUGAUCUCUGCUGCGCUUUAAUUUGACCAUUGACUUCUGGCUGCAUGUCCGUGCUCUUUUUGGACUGUAAAACAAGAACAGCUAAAUGACUAGGUGCCAAACUAUCUAAAAUUUUGAAAGCAAUUAAAAUAAUCUUAAAAUCAAUAUGAAAAUGAACAGGGUGCCGAUGUAAAUCUGCUGAAACUGGGUGAUGAGAUAUUACAUUGGUAAAUGUUAGAAGACAAGCGAUGGGUAGACGAAUCUAAAAUGGGGAAGGUAAGGAAACAUGAAAAUGAUGAAAAAUAGAUUAAUUAUUACACAUAGUCCACUCAUUGUCUUUUUUUUUUUAAGUUAGUGGUCCCUAUUUAGGAAUCCAGAUCCUAAUUUAGGGCGUAUCAGUUUUUAUUUUGUUGAGAAUUAAUGUAAAUUUUUGAGCCAGUUUCGUCAGUUUUGGUGCCCCGUAGGAGGGGACCAGUAGAUCCUGUCCUCCACUGUGUAAAAGACUGGAUCAGAAAUUUGGGGAAUGAUGUGUUGGGUCGUCAUAUAAACAUAGACAAGAGUUUUCAUGAGGUGCCGUAUAAAGUGUGGAAAAAAUGUCUCGUUUUGUUUUGUUUUCUCUGAUUAUGACACACAGCCUCUCCCAUACCUGUUGCCGGCAGAAAUAAAAACGUUGCAAUUUUGCUUAGAAGAACAACAAAUUUGACUGACGUAAUAUUUUAGUGCAUGUAUUUUGUAAUAGUUUUGUUAUAAUCCAUUUAUAAAAAAAAAAAAGGUUAUCAGGAACAUUAAUAUACACAUUAUACAACAUAAUAUAAUCGAUAUUUUCUAUUACGUGAGUCACGUUAGGAAUAGUUGCUGCUUUCUUGUUUUAAACAAACCAAACAAACUGACCCGUAUCUACUGCGUGCUUUUUGAUUAUUUAUUUUCCAAUCUCUUCCGAUAAAUAACUGAAAUCAGAUGGAAACUUUAAGCCACCAGUGCUAUAAUUAAACAACUUUAAAAUGUUGGGUUUUUUUCUGAUUGCAAAAUGUUUAAUAACAAUCUUGUCAUAAAAGAAAGUUGAAAUAAAUACAUUUUUAAAGUUAACACUGUGCUUUACAUUCUUUGUUGGGAACAACUGUACUGGAAAUAAAGUAGUGGAGAAAAACAAAAAGAUAUGAAUAACAACAUGAUGCUGCGUCGCCAUUUACUCUCUUUAUUUUAAUAAGAUUUCCUGGAAGACUGUUUGUAUUAAACAGAUUGAAUUUUUAGAGCAUUUUUUUCAUGUCGUCUGCAUGACAUUACCCUGUAAUAAUCUCAAUCCUUUUGAAAUUUGUAACUGUGAAAGUAACAAAUUGAUUAGCAUAAACACUGGAAAAAAAAAAAAAAAGAUUCCAGCCGCCCGUUUAAAACCUCCAGGACGAAUAGAAAUCUGCUAUAAACUUCAAAUUUAAUGUUCAAUUUGUCAUGACGGCUACAUAUAAAUAUAUCUACAUGCUCUACUUUUUAAGAAAUAUCUUACUCAAGACAAUCAUCGACUUCCUAAUACAAAUAAUUUUUAAGCCAUCUCCUUUCAAACUUUGUGUAAGUGAUGCCUCUCAGCCUGCUUUUAGCUUUCUACUUCAAUACGUAUUCAUCAUCAUACAUAAUAAAACUUGACAUCUAUGAACGUGUUAGCUUUUUCUUCUUGUACUGACAGAUUAUUUCUGGAAAUGAUUUGUUCAAUUUCUACGACAUUUCAAGACUAAAAAAAAAUGUUUCCCUUUAGAAUCUCUUCUUUGAAAUUUUGCCUCAUAAGAUAAGAUGAGAUAGAUAAGAUAAAUCUUUAUUGUCAUUGUCACAAGGACAACGAAAUUUAAAAGGUGCCAUCAGUCAGUGCACAUGCUUAAAAACAAAAAAUAACUGUCUCACGAUUCACACACAAUGUAAGAAUUAACAAAUGAAUGAAUGACUUCAUGUUUCACUUCAUCAGUGAAGUGAAUCGGGCCUCGACAUGCAGAAGGUCUAAAGCAUUUGCUCCACCUGUGACGUGUUUUUCUACAUAACAUCUCUAGCGUGUUUUAUAGUUACAAUUCACAUUCCCAGCAUUCUACGAUUUCAAACUUAAGCUUUUAUAUGUCUAAAAAAAAUGAGAGCAUAACAUUGUUCCAAAAACCUACCAUAGUCUGAACAAUCCUUAUACAGGAAGUCUCAGUAAGGCAGAAAAAAGAAAAGAAAAAAAAAAGAUGCGCAGACAUUUUGGUGUGCCCAGCUUUCUGCACGUUUCCAGUGCCUCCCUGUCAGAUCUCUCCAGUCCUUCUUCCUCCUCUUGAUCUGCUGCCUGGCCUCCACGUCCCACCGGAUGGUUCUCAGCAAGCAGACGGAACGACCCGCAGUCGCUUCAAGCUUUAAUGUUGCACCAACCGGUCCUCUGCCUGCAUGUUCGGGGAGCCAGCGUUUCUUUCUCACCGGCUUCCCCUGGUCACCCACAACGCGAAGCGCUCACAUAUGAGAGUUUCAGUUUGGAGACCCCCCCUGCGUGACUAAGACAGGGAAGCCCAUGCAGGUGCGCCUCGGUGGGUGAGUCACGCCUGAAACAGAGAUAUGGAAAGGUGAAGUGGGCUAAUUGAGCGCGUUCUGACUUUGUCUACCCUCCGACAAAAAAGAGCAUCAACAGAAUCCCCUGCUUACUGAAAACGUUGCUAAGACUGAAACCAGACAUCUUUCCAUCCGGGUUCAAUUUGAAAUAGAUGUUAAAGAAGCUUAAUGAAACUGAAUAGCUUCCACUUUUAUAAUGUUCAUCCUCAGUUGUCAUGAGGCAAUGAGCAAUAGUCCCUUAACAGCAGAGGUGAUCAUUUAAUGUGUCUAUUUGGUCUGCUGUUUCAUCCAGAGCAUUCACCUCCUCCCACCAGUGGAACAGAAAUCACCCACAGGUGAGAAAAGAUGUCAGAACUCGUUGCCUAUUUUAUUUUCCAUCACAGCACAGGAAAUGUGGCGGGCUUCGCGUUGCGCCGCGGCAGCCAUGUCUCCCCUCGCCGAAGAGUUUCACUUCCCCACAACUGUUAUAGGCCAGCUUUCGUCUGAGCUAGUAGAAAAUGUUCAGCGGCGUGCAAGAAGCCUUCCUGACCUCUGAACGCGCUCGUCUUGACCCAGUGCCGUUCACAUGUGCACGACACACUUUACAGACUUUUAUUUGUAAAGGCCAUAUUAAAAAGCCAUCUGUUGCAUUUCACUGCACAGCUUCAUGUUGAUCUGGAACAAAUGUUCCCAUUAAAAUCCAGUGAAUCCUGCAACGUGAAAAAUGUUCAAAGAGGUUUGAGUACUUUAGCAAAUUAUCGUAUGAAGUGCUCUUGUUGUAUAAAACUGGGGACGCUAGUGGUCCAAAUAUUCAGAUUUUUUCUGGAUUAGUUUAUUAUUUUUAUUAGCUUUAUAGAAUUCCUCAAUAAAGCCUGAUCAAAAACACACCUUACGUCUUAAAAAAUACUGAUUGGGUCCUUCUUGUGUCUUGAGUUGUUGUUUUUUUUUAAAGGGCACAUCUGUACAGCUCGUAUUAUCCGGACUUUUAGUCACGAGCGUUUCUCAAAACUGCUGAAUUUGAUUGGUUGAACAUUUUUCCGCCUUAACGCUGCUUCAGAUUGCCAGACUCUAACCCCAAAGUCAACAGCAUCUUUUAGUCAUGACAUCCGCUGUCAGUGAAGGUGGUUUGCCGUCAGGACUUUUGUCAUUCUGCAGGCUGUAAAGGUCCAAACACUAGUGAGGUCAAGACGGGUCUGUGGUCAGAAAUGCAGCAAUGCGCCGUUCUUCAGCGUCAGUCCAUUCUGCAGCACCAACGUGACGUUUCAGCGUUCAAAUGUUCAGCAGGCGGUGCGGGUGCGACCCAGUUGCUGUCGCCAUCUAGUGGUUUAAAUUAUACAAUUUACUGCUGCGACGCCUUCUUGAAAUAAUUAAUGAUCGCAGUUUAGUUCGGGCGUUUUGCGCAGCUUCAUGUGGGCAAUGCUGCUCAACUUUGACCCUGAAAAUAAAUCUGUACGUCUAUUUGAAAACAGAAGACAGAACUGUACAGGUCCGUCUCAGCAAGUUAGAAUGUCAUUGAAAAGUUAAUUUGUUUCAGUAAAUCAACUGAAAAGUGAAACUCAUAGGUUUGCUGCACACAUAAUAUUAUAUUCAAAGUAGUUUAAUGAUCGUGGUUCACAGGUUAUGAAAACCCGGAAGAAAGUUUCUAAGAAAAUCAACCAAUGAAGAAAGAUUUUUAAUGCUGAAAUAUAUAUAUAUAUAUAUAUUUUUAUCCUACGUAAUCACAGAGAAAACUGCUGACACACAAAGGGAAUGUAUAUUCCCAGUGUUUGGUAUCCACACGUAUUAAUAGAAAGUUUAGUGGAAGGAUUGCUGAACUGCCUUAAUGCUCAUGUUUUCACGGUGCUCGGCAGGCCAGCAAACUCGAAUAACCUAAACCUAGGAGGUAAUCUGAGAGUAAUCUUUAGGGUCAGUAUGGGAUGAUGAAGGAUUCUCCCUUACGACGUUUUACCAGAAGAAAGACGGAGAAAGGGAGUAAAAAACAAUGGGAGUAAAAAAACAAAUGAUGAAACAAGAAUUCUGAAAACUUCAACCUGCUUUACGUGAAACCAGGGUGAAACAUUUGAUUUGGGCAGAAACUGUUUACAGUUAUAGUUGCGCUUUCUACCUCCCCCCUCAAACCAGCCCCCUUCUUCUAGCCCACACACUGCUGCGUUAGUGUGCCAAUAGUUUUUUUUGGAUCAAAAUGUGCUGUUUUGAUGCUCUAAACCAGGAGGCAGAGGAGCGAAAUGCAGAUCUGGUGGGCUCCACUUCAAAACGCCGUGCAGACCACGACCGUACUGCAGGAGGGCUCUGCAAGCGUUCACGCUGCAAUGAUCCCAUUCGACACAGAAAAGAAGAAGGUUACAGCUGGGGCGUGGUUUUCUGAUAUCUCGCUCAACUAUCUGCCGUCAGCGUUCAGUAAAUAGCAAAGAGACGGCUUCGACGGCUAUCGUUGCCUGGAAAAGUUAAAAAUGGACCAAAAAGCGAUACGAGUUCUGUUGCUUUUAUUUCUUUGUCCAAAAAUCAAUUCUGCUGGUGAGCCUAAAUCGGUAAAAGAGGGGGAGCAGGUGAAGAUCAUGUGUAUGCUGCCUUCGCCGGGGACGAUUGUGUUCUGGUUUAGAGUGGUGGAGGACUCAGGCAUGGAAUUCAUCGGGUCUUUCGCUCCUGGUGGUGCCUUAAAAAUAGCUGGACCCAACCACGGCAAGAACCUCGUUGUAAGCAAGCAAAGCGAUGACUUUGUUUUAACGGUGAAGUCCUUCGACAGGAAAGGUGACAGUGGAGUGUACACCUGUGCUGCUCUCAUCACCGGAAAUAAGCUCACAUUUGGACAAGUAACUCAACUUCGAGGACCAAUUACAGCAACACCAAAACCACCAGUAAUCCAGGUUUCCACCACCAGGCAGACAACAACUCCGACCAGGUGUCUUUGUAACCAGAAGGAUAAGUCAGCAGGCCCUUCCCUGUUUUGUGCUCCGAUCAUACUGGGCCCACUGGCCGGAGGCUGUGGCCUUCUUCUCCUGCUCCUCGUCAUCACCGUUUUAUACUGCAACAAAAUGAGGACUCGGAGAUGCCCUCACCAUUACAAAAGAAAGCCGAGGAUGAUGGCUCCUGAAAAACAUCUGCCCGAUCGGUACACCUGAAACGGAUGUAGUGACUUCGUCUGCAGUUUUUCAAAGUGCAGCUAUAUCUCCCUCUUUAUGUUUGCCAGAAAAAAAAAAGUAUUCUUUUAACAACAGCUUGUAAAAUACAAAAUUAAUAAUCUGACAUGUCAGAAGAAAAAAAAAAAUGUAUGUAUGGCAAAAAAUAUUUAGUGACCGAAGCGGUUCCCUGUUUUGAGUACAGAGAGAGCUUUGGUUAAUUAUUAAUUAUGCCAAACGUAUUAUUACUAUGGACAUGAAGUUUUUAACCGAGGUGCAGAUUAAUGUCAGAAAACAAUGCGCUGCUGUGUUAGCAUUUUUUAUUGUCAUGUAAAUUUUCCCAAUCCUAAUUGUUGCUGAUGUUAACUGAAGACGAAACUGAGAAUAUAUCAUGUUUAUAUUUCCAACUAACCUUUUUGUAACUGUAUAUUGAUAUUUGUUUCUCCUUUUCUUUGCUCACAUUUACAGUACUUCGAUCUGAGUUUCCUCUUGAACUGAGAUCAAACUUUACUGUCACACUUUAGCUUCCUGUUUGUGCUUCAAGCUUUUAUAUAACCACAGUUCAAUUGUUCAGCUGAAAUAUAACCUGCUUCUUGGA